AUGCUUACUCACACAAAUGAGAAGCCUUUUCAGUGUACAAUCUGCACCAAGAGGUUCUCUCAUACUGGUAAUUUUACUGGUCAUAUGCAGGUUCACACCAAAGAGAAGCCUUUCCAUUGUACAGUCUGCACCAAAAGGUUCUCUGAGUCUGGUGUCUUGACAGGUCAUAUGCGGACUCACAUAAAAGAGAAGCCUUUCCAUUGUACAGUCUCAUUCUCAAAGUUUGACAUUUCACAUGUGUAUUCACACCACAGAAAAGCCUGUUGUCUUGACUGGUCAUAUGUGGACUCACUCCAAAGAGAAGCCUUUUCAAUUUACAUUUUCUAA